GGAGCUGCAAAAUCCUCAGCUCCAGCCGACAGCUGUCCGUUCGACGACAAGGGCUAACCACCCUCUCUGCGGACGAGCUUAUUUAUUCCACGCCGAAUAACCCCCCGACGGCAAAUGCGCUUGGGUAGAAAGCCUUCCAUCUUCGGAAAGACGGGCGAAGUGGACGGCAGAUCCUCGACUACAGAACGAGACGAGUCCUGCCGUCCCUGGGCGGAUUAGGCCCGCAUCACCAGCGUUCUUGCGACUGCGAACUGGCCUGAUUCCUCCACCAUGGUUACCAACAGCAAUGGGCUGGGGGGUGGCCCCGGAGGGAACGACCUCGGCGCCAUGAUGAACACCAGCUCUAGUCACCCGGCUGCUACGGAGUAUACACUGCAAGGUGUUAUGCGCUUUCUUCAGACGGAAUGGCACCGGCACGAGCGCGAUCGGAACGCCUGGGAGAUCGAGAAGCAGGAGAUGAAGGGGAGGAUAGCCAGUCUCGAGGGCCAAGCGCGGAGGGCCGACGCAACCCAGAAGGCCCUUCGGAAAUAUGUCACGAUAUUGGAAAAGAAGGUGAAGGGGCAGGCUGCCCAGUUGAAGGGGGGAGACGCUGCCCCCAAGACCGAGACCGAGCUCGAGAAGCCCAAGCUCGACCGGGCCGCGUUGAUCCAGGAAAAGCUGCGCUCACAAAUACCCGCCGACUCACCUUUGGAGUCGAAAGUCGCAGACAUGGAGCGCGGCGACGACGACUCACGCCGCGAUGAUUUGAAGACGCUUCUCGACCAAUGCCAGGCAGAAUUUACAUAUCUAAUGAUCUCGCCCGCAAACCCAUUGCCCCCACGAGAGUCGCCACCGCUCCCUGUUAUCGAGGAUCUCCGAGAGGGGGAUCUAUAUGGUUUGCAACCGGGCCAGCAACCUUCCGACCAGUCUUUCUCUCAAGGGAUGCGAACACAACAGCACCAGCUAAGAGAGCUCAGUGCGCGCCCGGCGCCGUCUCCGAGUGGCCACUCUUCGACGUCCAUCGCCCACCCUAACAAGAACUCCGAGGCGCAGCCGACCGCCAUGGUUCGGUCAUCUAAUGCGGAGCACCCUUCGUCUCUCUACGGCAGUGGGCCGUCGGAAUGGGCCGCACAGGUCGCCAUGACAAACAGGCCGAUGGAUGAUGCCGCAAAUGAAACUAGUCAACAGCUCAGGAGCAUGCGCCGGGGAGAGUCCGCGGGCGAUGGCUCCGAGAGAAGAGCUUCGACAGAAGCCGAUCCCUCCUGGGACUUCAACGAAAGGUCUUUCGACGAGACGUCCCAAGCUCACCAACCACAGCAGCCUGCGUCAAAUCGACCAGAUACGGAUGUCUUCCCGACGGCCGAGAACAUACCCAAGUCUCCCAACAGGGGACCCGUUGGUCACCCUCAUCAGCGAAGGAAGAGCCUAAGUUCCAUGUCGCGCAGAAGAAGUGCGGAAAAUGAGCUGUCACUCAACGCCUUGGCACAAAAGGCCGAAAGCGGCAACUUCAAGCUGAGGUUCGGAUUGCGGGGCCACCUGGAUACGGUCCGAACCGUUAUCUUUUCCGGGGGAGGAAGCCCGGGAGAACCCGAGAUCUGCACGGCUGGCGAUGACGGGAUGAUCAAACGGUUCCACAUCCCCGACAGGCACUUUGGCCAUGCCAACAGCACCGAUCUGGACGUCACGGCGGAUUUUACCCAUCGUGGCCACAACGGUGCUGUGCUGUCGUUGGCCUCGUGGUCGCCGUCUCCGAACUUCUCGACGGGCGGUCGCGCACAAGGCGACGGCUGGAUCUUCUCGGGUGGGCAGGAUGCGACUAUCCGCGUGUGGGAGCGAGGCCGGGUCGAUCCCAAGGCCACUUUAGACGGCCACACCGAUGCGGUCUGGGCGUUGUGUGUCCUGCCCGCCACGCUCGGCUCCAUAUUCGGCCAGACCAACCCCUACGGGCCCCCCGACCGCAUCCUCCUCGCGUCGGGCGCUGCAGAUGGGACUGUAAAAAUAUGGGCACUCAGUGCUCCCCCGCAAUUGACCUCGCCCCAGCCAGGUUCCACCAGGCGGGGUCCGGGCAGCCGGGGACGCGGCAAUUCCAUGAGCUCCGGUUCGGCAUUCCCGAGCUCCCCUCAGCCAACGACGGCAUCAAACUCCCCCUUCCAUCACACGCUAGUCCACAGCAUCUCCCGGGCCAACUCGACAGCCAGCCCGACCUGCAUCACCCCCCUCAGCGCGGAUGGCGAGUCGUUCGUCGUCAGCUACUCGGACGCGGCAAUCAUCGUGUACGAUACGCGCUCGGCCGAGGAGAUCGGGAGCAUGGCCAGCCUGGAGACGUACGACGGCACGCUAUUCACCAGCGUCAACGCGGUGGCCGCCACCAUCGUCGGCCUCGAGCAGCCCCUCCAGGGCGGACUCAACGAGGAAGACGCGAGCGGCGGGGUCGGGCCGACGGGCGGGGGCAGGUCGAUGGGCGGGUCGGGCGUCGAGGGCGUCAUCAUAUCCGGUCACGAGGAUAGGUUUGUGAGGUUCUUCGAUGCGAACAGCGGCCAAUGCACCUACAACAUGCUGGCGCACCCGGCGUCCAUCUCGAGCCUGUCGCUCAGCCCGGACGGGCGCGAGCUCGUCAGCGCGGGCCACGACGCGUCGCUCCGGUUCUGGGGGCUCGAGAAGCGCACGUGCGCGCAGGAGGUGACGAGCCACCGGGUCAUGCGCGGCGAGGGCGUGUGCGCCGUGGUGUGGAGCCGGGACGGCCGGUGGGUGGUCAGCGGCGGGGGCGACGGGGUCGUCAAGGUGUUCGCGCGGUAGGGCGGCGGUGUCAGGAGGACCAGGACGAGAUUGCGGGCGAAGCGGGUGCAGACGGUGGAGGAAGUGAAGGGGGCUGCGGAGGCGAGGGUGAUGGGGGAGCCGGCGGAGGGGGCGGUGCAGGCGGUGGACACUGAGGGCC